AAUCGUUGCCAACUAUCAACACAACAAAAUGUUCAAGCUGUGCGUAUUCGUUGCUCUGUUCUGCCUGGUGGCUGCUGCACCCGCUCCGGCACCAGCUCCCGUACCUGCUCCGGCGCCCUCUCCUAGCCUGUGGGGACCCAGCGUUGUCGGACCUGCCCUCUGGGGUCCAGCAGUUGCAGGACCUAUCAUUGCCCCAGGUGUUGUGCAUGUUGUGCCUGGCGCUGUUUCUCACGUGUCCGUCAGUCAGCUGCAUCCCUCGCCUGUGAUUGUCAAGAGCGUGUGGUAAUAGUUGACCAACAAUUUGCAGCAUCAACACAAAUACACACACACUCACACUCAAAUGCCGCCAACCGCUUAAUCCCUCUUGACAUUGUAUUCACCCUGCUGAAAUUUCACGUGCCCUGUUUAUUGAAAGAACAGCAACAACCACAAAAAAAUACUCAAAAAAAAAUUGUAGAUUAUUCAAAUAAUUGUAUGCAAUAAAAUACCCAUUACAGAAUAAUUCCUAUAGCGAGCGAAA